CAACAGGACGCUUUGCACAGGCAGGAUAACAAACGGGACAAUGUCAGCGGCCACAGGUGCAGGAGAAAGCAAAACAGCUAAGCUGGUUCGCAGACUUUCGUGGAGUAGCAUUAAAGAUGGUGCAAAGCUUAAAAAAUCAGUCGAGUCUCUGGUAGACUGGGAACUAGACGUUCUCGAGGCACCCCUGAAAGUUAAAACUGAUUUGAUCGAUGAUCUGUCCAUCCUUUGGCCCCUGAACCAGCAAAUCAAGGCUCCCGGAAUAGUCGUGAUUGGAGCUCAAGGAGCUGGUAAAUCUUCUGUUCUACAGCUCCUGACGGGUAUGCCUUUUAUCUAUUGCACGGGCUCAGAUAGCACAAAAAGGCCUAUUAAGAUGAACAUUACUACCGACCCAACGACCGAUGAGACAUACACCCUGGUCAGUACUGUGGAUCCAGAAUGUUCCCCCGAAGAUGGCAACACCAAGCAUGUCAAAAAACUUGAAGAGCUGUCCCGGCUCUUGGCGCACCUGAACGAAAACCCAGAGCACAGCGAGGUGGAAGCUCGUAAGCAGCCUAUCUACGUCAAGGUUGUGCGACCCUCGGGUGCGGCGUAUUCGGUCAUGGACUUACCGGGCAUCAAUGAAGAGGACCCUGAGUCCGUGCGCUUCACCGAGGACAUCCUUCACCAGGACCCUUCGUGCGUGAUUCUCGUGGUCUUGCCCUUGACCGACAUAUUUGACCGGGCCUUUCCCGUGGCGUUGGCCAAGCGUGUGGACCCGGAGGGGCGAAGGACCAUCGGCGUGGUCACCAAGACAGAUCUUGUUCAGAAGGACAUGGACGCCGUUGAAAAGGUUCAAAUGACGAGCCAGCCGGGGGUCAAUCUUCCCCUCGGAUACAUCGCCGUGCGCUCCGCUGCAGAGAAAGAAAAAAAUGAGUCGCGGCGACAAAUCCUGCAGAGGGAGCAAGCGUUUUUUACGAGCAACCCCUUGCUUGCCGGUCUGAGACCCGAGCGAUGGGGCUCGACGACCCUUAAACGCUUGGUAGUGGACUGUCAAAGCAAUGCCAUCGGUCAAUCGAUCCCGAAGGUGACGCGGCUCUUGCACAAGGAGCUCCAGGAGCUGGACAAGGAAGAGGAGAAGGCGGCAGAGGCCCUGGGGUGGAAAGACAGGGGGCAGUCCCAGGGGAGGGCGAAGCCCCUGUCCGACCACCAAGACUUCUUCACCAAGCUCUGCCUGGAUGCGAACACCUUGGGCUUCGAGAUCGGCGAGCUGGCUUUGUCCAGCAGCACGCGUCAGGAACGGCACCUGAACCUGGGCGCUCGCCUGGCCGCUGCCAUCACCUUCCACGAGAAUGAAGCACGUCGGGCCCUGCCGGCGAGUGUGGCCGAGAAAGUGGGCUCUUGGCUUGAAGUGGAGGACUUCGCGAGCUCGGAGCCUCGCACUUACGUGAGCCGGGAGACCAUGUCGCACGACGUGUUCCGCAAGUCGAUCCGGGAGGUGUGCGGGCCCGUGCUAAUGCACUAUGCCACGGCCCUGUUGACGGAGACAGGCCAGCAGCUGGAGGAGGUGACGCACGUGCUGGUGCAGGAGAAAUUCACGGGCUUCCCCUGGCUGGUCCAGUCCCUCAAGCACGAGGUCAAUUUGUUGCUGGGCAAGAAGAAGGUCGACACGGAGAAGGUCCUGCAGCGAAUUGUGACCUCCGAAAUGAAUUGGUGCUUUUUGAGCGAGG